AUGACGACUACGACGACGACGACGACGACGACGUCCUCCGGUAUCGAUCGAGGAAAUGGCGGGAGUGAGGGGAACAAAUACAGAGUCGGCAGCAGCGGUGACGACACUGAUGACGGCAGCGGCGGCGGUGGUGACGGCGGCGGCGGUGGUGACGGCGGCGGCGGUGGUGACGGCGGCGGCGGUGGUGACGGCGGCGGCGGUGGCGACGGCGGCAGCGAUGGUGCUGGUUCUGCUGGUUCUGGUACUGGUGGCGGCGACGAUAACGGCGGUAGGAAAAACGACAAAGACAACGCAGGGUACUCUUUGGAAAAUCAUUCGAUAACAGGUAGAAUUAACUCUCUAGCAUCUACUACAAGAAUUUACAUGAGUUACUAA